AUGGGUGUACGGCCAGUUGUGGUAGCAGUGGUUCCAUUCCCAGCUCAAAGCCAUCUCAACCAGCUCCUACAACUCUCCCAUGUCCUUUCUUCACAUGACAUCCCAGUCCACUACUUAGGCUCCACUCUCCACAAUUCCCAGGUCAAGUCUCGAGCCUCAAUCCCUCUUAACCACUUCCAAACUCCUCAAUUUCCUUCUCCAAAUUCAGUCUCCAAAACCAAAUUUCCCCAACAUGGACUUUCCACUCUGAAAGCCAUCAGCUGCCUCCGCCAGCCAAUAUUCUCACUUCUCUACUCGCUCUCUCACACCGCCACGCGACUCGUAGUUGUCUACGACACUUUCAUGGCUUCCCUAGUACAAGAUGUCAUUUCUCUACCAAAUGCAGAAGCUUACUGUUUCAAUUCUGCUUCUGCAUUUUCUUGCUUUGCCUUUGGUUUGAUGUCAGAUAUUACCAAGUCAGGAAGUCUUUUCAACACUUACAGAGCUAUCGAAGGCUCUUUCCUUGAUGAGAUCGAGUCAAACAAAAAGAUUUUUGGGAGAAAGAAGAUGGGUGUGUUGUACAUCUCUUUUGGAACCACAACUACUUUGUCUGAUGAAGAGAUCAAAGAGCUUGCUUGGGAAUUUAGAGAUGCAGACAAGGCAGAUGUUUUUUGCAAGGAAGAAUGGAAGAGACAUGAUCAACUUCCAAAUGGAUUUGAGGAAAGAAUAAGAAGCAUGGGAGUGGGAAUGGUCUUGAGGAAUUGGGUGCCUCAAGUGAAGAUUUUGGAACACUCAUCAACUGGUGGGUUUAUGAGUCAUUGUGGGUGGAACUCUUGCAUGGAGAGCUUAACCAUGGGAGUGCCUAUGGCAGCUUGGCCAAUGCACUCAGAUCAACCUAUGAAUGUUGUGUUAAUCACUGAGGUACUCAAAGCAGGUGUGGCUGUAAUGGAGUGGAAGCAAAGAGAUGAGUUGGUGACAUCAUCGAUGAUCGCCAUGGCUGCGAGGAAACUAAUGGCUUCGAAAGAAGGGGAAGAGAUCAGAGUGAGAGUUGAAGAGUUGAGUAAAGCAGUAGAAAGAUCUCUCAAUGAAGGAGGAGACAAUUGUUUAGAGUGGGACUCUUUUGUUGCUCAUAUCACUAGAGAGAGCACUUCAGCAAAGACUAGCAAGAAAUACAACAUUCGCUUGAAGUUGAUUAGAGCACUCGUAAAUUUCUCUAUGCCUUUGGUUUUUGGCAUGAACUUUUUCAUUGGGAAGAAAAACACAAGUGUUUGUUCUUUUCUUCUCCUUUGUCCUUUCUUUUCUUGUUUUAUUUCCAACAAAAGUCCAGUCCAAUCCAAAUUGAGUGAACCUGUCUUUUGUUGGUGGAGUUGUUUGUUUUACUUUAAGCCUUACCGGUAG